ACUGUGAACUUCCCCCGCUCCCAGACCUUGGGCUAGCGUAGCAUGAGGCCGAAUGGCUAAUUUUAACCCGUCGCACUCCUCCUUUCAGGACUCACUCUGUCUCUCUCUCUCCAGCUCUCCGGGAAGACGGUGGCAUUGGACUGAGAGGAGCUCUGACCAGACCCCCGACCCCUCAGGCUGCGGCGGCAGAGAGCUGGCCCAGUAGUGGCUCUUUUGUGAGUGUGGUGGAGGGGGCAUCAUGAGUGCUCAGGAGGUCCCCAACCCGGGCCUGGACCAGGGGGAGGCGGCCAGCACACAGGACACGCCCACUCCCUCGCCGUCCCCAUCCGCCAUCAAGACUGAGCCGGUCACCACCCCCGCCACACCCACACCUGUUCCCACGGCAACACCCACGCCCGCCAGCAACGGCAAGGCUAGCGAGAGUGGCCCGCCGGCCGAGAUCUGCGUGGUCAUCGGCGGCUCGCGGAGCGCCCAGGCUCAGGGUUCUUAUGUGUGUGGAAUUUGUGGGAAGAAGUACAAGUACUACAACUGCUUUCAAACUCAUGUUCGGGCACACAGAGAGUCUGAGGGUGUCUCAGGAGACGGUGCCUCCCCGGUAGUAAACAACUCCUUCCGCUACACUUGUGAUGUCUGUGGAAAAAAUACAAAAAAUACAGUAGAUGCCAGUUCAUGCUUCCAGGAGGCAGCCAGUUCAUGUUGGGACCUGCAUGCAGUAGAUGACCCGUACGACCAUGUGAUUCCAGUGGAGGAGCCAAAGGAAGAGGUCGAGGGCUACCAGAAGAUAGGACCUAAAACAGGAAGUUACACCUGUGAGUUUUGUGGGAAGCAGUACAAGUACUUCAACCCUUACCAGGAGCAUGUGGCCCUGCACACGCCCCUAGGUAGGUGGUCUAAUCCACCGCCUGUGACAAAAUGGCCACUUCAGAUUGGUCAUUCCUUUGACAUGCAGUCACCUCGUUCACAACAGAAAAAGAAUGUCAACAAAUACACCUCAAGCCGGUCUGAUCGGGGACCUUCAGAAAGUUCCUUCGUUCUAAAAAUGGAGGGAAAAAUGCAUCCCUCGGCGGUGGAUGGCAACUCCCAGAGCUCAACUGGUGCUGGCAGUCCACUGAUGACCGGGUCCUUUGGCACAACUCCGAAACCGUACACAUGUGGAGCCUGUGGAAUCCAGUUCCAGUUCUACAACAACCUGAUGGAGCACAUGCAGUCCCACGCUGCGGACAAUGAGAACCACUCUAAGGUGGAGUCUUCUAAAAGCUGCGUUGCUGCAGUGGCUCAGGACCAGGUGUGGAAAUCACCUCAGCCUGCACAGCGUAACCACACAACCUAUCAGGAGAACAGGCUGCUCCCUGAGAAAGAGCGUCAGCAGGUGUCUGAGCGGCUGCUGCGUCUGAUGUGUGCUGACCUGGGCCUACUGAGCGCGCUCAACAGCAAGGACUUCCUGAAGCUGGCUCAGACACUGGUGGACACGGGCUCGCGGCACGGUGCCUACAACCUGCGCGAGGCGCUGGGCUCGGACCUCAGCCUGCUGGCGCUGCGCCAGCUGCCCCGCAUGUACAACCAGGUGAAGGUCAAGGUCACGUGUGCGCUGGGGUCUAGCGCGUCCCACGGCAUCGCCGUGACGUGCCACUCGCAGGCGGCGGGGCCAGACGCCUGCUACGUGCUGACGGCCUACCAGGUGGAGGGAGGGCGGCCGCGGCGCUACGUGCUGGGCAUCCGGGAGGCGGGGCUGAGGGAGGGGCCAGAGCAGGUGCACCACUGGGCGCAGAACGUGCUGUCGGAGUUCGUCAUGUCGGAGAUGCGCACGGUGUAUGUGACGGAGGGCCGGGUGUGGGCGUCGGCGCAGGCCUUCUGCGGCCGUGGAGGGGGAGGGGUAAGUCUGCGCUGCGCGGGCUGCUCGCUGGGCGCCGUGGUCCAGGCGGUGUUGGGCAGGAGAAGCCUGCAAGCGCGCGGCCUCCACGAACUGGGCGAGCUGCUGGCCACCUGCGCGGACAUCGCCAGCACCACCAACUUCCUCAGCGGCAGCGGUGGCGGAGCAGGCGAGGGGAAAGCGGCCGACGAGCCGGCCCCUAGCCCGCCCUGCUGGGACCCCACGGCCGAAGCGCUGCUGAAGGUGCACGAGCACGAGGCCAUCUGCGAGGCGUACGGCCGCUCCAAGUGGACGGCGCCGCUGCUGCAGGGCCUGAACAAGCACAUGCUGGGGACGCUGGCAUGCCUGCUGGCACCCUUACGCCAGGCGGCCCUGGAGCUGGGCUCCGAGCGCCGGCCCACGCUGCAGCAGGUGCUGCCCGUCUACCUGCGGCUGGAGAAGCUGUUCACCGUCAAGGCGGGCGAGGCGGGUGCCGGCGGCAGCAAGCUGUGCCACUACUUCCUGGAGGCGCUGAAGGAGCAGUUCAAGGUGGAGCGUGCCCACCAGGUUGCCAUGGUGCUCGACCCACAGCUCAAGCUGCGCCCCGUGCUCGCCUACCAGCACGACGACAUCAUGGGGCGCGUCUGCGAGAUGGCUCUGGGCAUGAAGGAGUCCGGGGGUGGAGGAGGAGGAGGAGGAGGAGGUGAGGACCGGGACUGCGAUGGCUCUCUGCUGGCGAAGCGCGGGCGUGUGGACGGGUCGGGACCGGACAGUGCGGAGGAGGCCCAGGUGAGGAAGGAGCUGUUCCAGUACCUGGCCGAGCCGCUGUUCCACGCCACACCUGACCUGUUCCAGUACUGGAACUCCGCCGUGGACAAGUUCCCGCGCCUGGCGCGCUUGGCCCUCUGGCUCUUGGCUGUGCCCGCGGUCGGGGUGCGCAGUGAGUGUGUCAGCAUGUGCCAACAGAGCCUGGCGCUUAAGAGGAAGAAGCAGGUGACGGCCGAGGAGAUGAACAAGCUGGUGUUCCUCAAGGUCAACACGGCCUGAGGAGAUGAACAAGCGGGUGUUCCUCAAGGUCAACACGGCCUGAGGAGAUGAACAAGCGGGUGUUCCUCAAGGUCAACACGGCCUGAGGCACCUCACACGACGCAACACAACAUAGCAUGGCACAACAUCUCCUCCUCUACUCUCUCUCUCUCUGUCUGUCUCUCUCUCUGUACUCCUCCUCACUUCUUUCUCUUUCCCUCCCUCUCUUUCUCUCUCUCUGUCUUUCGGAAUCACGACUGUUCCAGUGCCAGACGGGUGACAACUGAUGGGUCCAGACUCAGUGAAGGAGCUGAGAGACCUCUAGAGACCUCUUGGAUCAGCCCAGGAGGGGUCCAGACCUCUAGAGACCCGUCGUCUCGGAUCAGCCCAGGAGGGGUCCAGACCUCUAGAGACCCGUCGUCUCGGCCCGCUGACCAAACACCAAAUUUCCACAAACUCUGUUUUCCUAAAGACUUGUCUACAGGGGCACCUUCAUGGUACAUGACCUAAGUCACUUUUGACAGAUGAAACAUGCUUUUUAAAACUCUUUUUUGGUUCCCUUAGAGUAUCAUAAUUUCUUAUUAUCUUUGACCAGCCUUUUGAAUCCUCUGUUUAAGUGUUUAAAUUUAAAAAUGAUGUGUGUACUAUUAUGAGCAGAACCCGCGCUGGGCUUGUUGUUUUGUGUUUCUGGCUCUCCGCAGACGUUCCCCAGCUCUUUGCCCUGGGGCGUCCCCAACAGAGGCCCCAAACACUGAGCUCUACAGGCAGGGCCCUCUCUAUGGGGCACUGAGCUCUCCAGGCAGGGCCCUCUCUAUGGGGCACUGAGCUCUCCAGGCAGGGCCCUCUCUAUGGGGCACUCACUGUAGUUUCAGGAGGAUGACUAAACUAUACCUCACAGCUUUAACUUGUUUCUGGUCUAUGAUCUAUGAGUUUGUAAUCUUGUAAAUACACUUAUGAACGUA